UGAAAUUGUAUGUUGAGGAACAUUGUCAUUAAACUGUUUGACUAUUUUCUCACGCACUUGAGAAAGAGGUGAACCUUGCCCCAUCUUUGCUUGUGAAUGACUGAGCAAUUCAGGGAAGCUCAUUUUAUACCCAAUCAUGGCACCCCCUGUUCCCAAUUAGCCUGUUCACCUGUGUGGUGUUCCAAACAGGUGUUUGAUGAACUUUCCUCAACUUUCUUAGUCUUUUGUGCCACAUGUCCCAGCAAAAAACUGGCAAUAUUAGGAUAAAAAUGACAUUUCUAUUCAAUUGAUCAUUGCCAAUGUUAGCAAUAAAGUGACUGUAGAUUUUUCUCUAUUUCGUCAUUGUUAUAAUCUGACCGACAGAACUAAGGAAUUAAUAUUUUUCUUGAAAGGUUUUCAUUACCAUGAAUUUCUUAUUGUGAAAGGCCUACGGGAUAACUUUUUUUCAGUUGAAUCAUGCAAGCUCUCAUAUGUUCUAAAUCUGCUUUUGGCGGACAUCGGGAUCUAUAUAUGCCAUUGAAAUAGUGGUGAACCUUUAUAAUGUGUUGCUGUAAAAUUAUGCCGCAAGUGUCCCAUUUCUAGAGUCGCUAGGUUUUACUUUCCUCUGAAGAUGGCUGCUCGACACUACUACACCCUAAUCUUAUGUAAAUGCAUUUUUUUUUGUCUCGUCAGCGCUGGUCAAAUUUAAGUCACACGUUGCAGUUAUCAGUGACAAAAAAAAAACAUUUAUAAAUGUUUUAAAAGACUAGUCUGUGGUGUAUUUUUCUUUUAGUAAAGGUUUUGAAAAUAUUAGAUUUGUUUAGGUCAAAAUAAAAAUAAAACUAUUUUUGAAAUGCCUAACCUAUGUUGGAUGAAUCAGUUUUACAGACAGCCUGUCGUACCUGAUUAUCUGCGUUAAGCUUCGUUCUUUUCCCUUGGUACUUUUACUGGGUUCCUUUUGGCUGCUUAUCAGUGAUUGGACUUUGACUUUUUCAAGGGACAACCAUGGGAAAGGGGCAUUUGGGAAAUAACGUCACACAUUUGCUUGAGUGUGUGACUGUCUUUCAGCCAUAGGGUUAUGUGCAUUGCAGUCUUAAAGUGUGUGGUGAUUUAAAUUCUGUGCCAUGGACACUUUAAGAGAUGUAAAAAUAUUUACAAGUGUGUGUGUGUGCAAAGAACCAAAAUUAUUUUUGCGUUAAAUGUAAAUAGUGUGUGUGUUGUACAGUGUAUUUUUGAUUUAUGACAACCCUUGCCCCAUUUUGUUGUCAGGUGCACUGAUUGCAAGUAAAAUCAUUAGCUUUUUAAUUGUUUUCUUAACCUAGUGUUCAUCUCUCUUACGCUCACUUCAUGUCAAAGUGGAAAAACUAGAGGGGGAGGGGCUGUGGGACAUGUCAGCACAUUGCUCAGUUCCACGUGGCCAACUAUCCCUCUCCCCUACUGAGUUCUGUGGCACUCCCGCUUCCUCUUCUGCUGGUUUCCUCUGUUCUCUAGCAAAUUUGCAGCAUGUUGACUCAAGAGUGUGGAAGAAUGAGCAAAGAAGUUUAUUUUGCUAAUACGAUCUCAUUUGAUUUUAACCUUCCCUCCCUUUAAAUGUUCAUAUUCCUUAUACUGCUGUCUCCCCUACUUCCCUCGUGGGCCCCUUUAACUGUGUUAGUCCUGUGGGCGGGAGUUGCACAUUCCAAUGCCAUAGCUUUAGAAGGCCAGUGGCCAUCCUUUUUUCUCCUCCCUGUUCUGUUCAUCAAAUGAGUGAAGGAGAGAGGGAGUGAAGUUGCUAGCUAGUCUAGCUUGCAACAGAGCCCAGCCCACCUCUGUUCUGUACUCAGCCUGGGACAGUUAAGAUUAGCUAAAACGUUCCACCACGCGUCUGCUUUAUGGUGUUUAAUGUCACGCCUGCAACUGCCUGAAGCGGUCACUCCACUCCAGGUUGAGAAUACUCUGUUGGGAAUAGCUACCAAUGGACGGGGCCUGGCAAAGAUCAGAAUAAGAGACCCAAACCAAGGUGGUCGGGACAUCACAGAGGAGAUUAUGUCAGGGGGCCAUAGUGGCUCUACCCCAACCCCACCACAGACUGACAUAUCUGGCUCAGAUACAGGAGUGGUCCAAGCCAAUGGUGAGAGCACCCCAGCUGCUAUUGCUCCAUUACAGGUUAGAGCAGAUGAUAGAGAAAAACCUUUGCUGCCUCCUCUGUCACAGCCGCCUGAUAUUGUUAAGGAUGACCCGACCCCUGCAGAGGCUACCUCCUCUGACAUGAACAAUAAGCCAACAAUACUAUCUCUAAUAUCAGAAGCACUUGAAACCCCUGUGAGCACCAUUUCUAUUUCUCCCCCUGCGCCAAUUGUUCCCAUUACAAACAUAAUGUACACCACCAAACCUCCCAGAGAACUACCCCCAGAGCCCCAAUGUGCACCUGAGGUGCCUGCCUACCCUGCACCCCUUCCUGAUCCUAUGCCUUCAUCUGCACUUCAGGAAAACCCAGAAAGCACAGCCACAAAUCGUGAUGCGGUAGAUGUGGUGAUUAGAGAGGAGGAGGUACAAUCAAAGGAUGCUUCUUUUAUGGAAAAUUCUCUUACACUCUCCUCCUCCACAAAUGGUGUGGUUGAGGUUGUGUCAGAAAGUCCCUCGCUCAUGUUCCCAUCUAGUCGCCAGGAGUCUGUUCUCGAGUCUCCCAUUGCUCAGCCUGAGGAGCUCUGCCUUUCUAAUGGUUUACCACUUCCAUCCCCCCAAGAUCCAGAGGCCCUUGUUACGAGCGCAGAAGAGUGUGAAGACAGCCCCAUUGCAGAGCCUGACAUUUGUCGGCAGCCUCUCCUUAAAUCCUCCAAAGCCGUCACUCAGGCAGUGCCUCCAUCAGUUAUUGAAUCAACCACGGUACCUGUUGCCGAGUCCAUUUCUGCCAUCAGUCCAAAGGUUCCUGCUGAAACAAUUGCCCAGGCAGCAUCCUCGCAGGCUGAGAUUGAAGGAACAGGUCCUCCUGUUUCCCCGAUGCCUCAAUCCAAUGCCACAGCAGCAAUGACAUCUUUACUGGUGACAGGCUCAAAAGAUGACCAUGACCUAGAAACGGUGACAAGUCCUCCCCAGAUAGUCCCCAAUACCCUUGUGGAAACUUCGAUGCAAGCUGCUGUAUCUGUGCCAAAGAAAAAGAGGAAAAUGAAGGAUUUGAACAAAAAGGAGGCAGUGGGAGAUCUACUGGAUGCAUUUAAAGAGGAAAAAGUAGUUGUACCACCAGAACCUAAAGUUGUCUCGGCAACAUCAUCUGAAGCGCAACUUCCUCCUCCGUCUCCUGCACUAGAGGACACAGACUUAACCUGGGAGGACAAGGAAGACAAGCUGGAUGCUGAGAACAUUCAGCCAAACCCUUCCGAGCAGACCACAACUGACAAGGAAUAUCGGUAUAAAGAGGAACAAUGGAAACCAAUCAAUCCAGAGGAGAAGAAAAAGUAUGACCGGGGUUUUCUUCUGGGAUUCCAAUUUAUCUCAGCCAGCAUGAAUAAGCCUGAGGGUCUUCCUGCUAUUAAUGAUGUCGUCCUCGACAAGGCCAACAAGACUCCUCUUCGCCAACUUGACCCCAGUCGGCUUCCUGGAAUGAACUGUGGUCCUGACUUCACACCUUCCUUUGCCAACCUUGGCAGGCCAGGUAUGGGAGGAGGAAGUAGAGGACCACCUCCUGCUAUGGGAGUAGGCAUAGGCGGCCCACGUCGUUCUCAGCAGAUGCAAAGGAAAGAACCAAGGAAAAUCAUUACCAGCAUGUCACUCAAUGAGGAUGUGAAGCUGAACAAGGCAGAGAAAGCAUGGAAGCCUUCAGUGAAAAAAGCAGUGUAUGGUUUUGCAGGAGAAAAGGCUGUGGAGAAUGAUCCAGAUCAACUCAAGACACAGGAAUUGUUUAAAAAGGUCCGCAGUAUCCUCAACAAACUAACCCCUCAAAAGUUCCAACAGCUAAUGAAACAAGUUUCAGAACUUACUAUUGACACGGAGGAGAGGUUAAAAGGUGUCAUAGACCUCACCUUUGAAAAGGCCAUCUCUGAGCCAGACUUUUCCGUGGCCUAUGCCAACAUGUGCCGCUGCGUUAUGGGGCUAAAAGUCCAAGCUACAAAUAAGCCAGGAGACACUGUGAAUUUCCGGAAGCUGCUACUGAAUCGAUGCCAGAAUGAGUUUGAGAAGGAUAAAAAUGACAAUGAGAUCUUUGAGAAGAAGCAGAGAGAGCUGGAGGCUGCUGAAGGGGAUGAGGAGAAGCAAAGGUUAAUUGAGGAUCUUGAAGUGUCUAAAAACAAGGCUAGGAGGCGCUCACUUGGUAAUAUUAAAUUCAUCGGUGAACUAUUCAAACUUAAGAUGCUCACAGAAGUCAUCAUGCAUGACUGCAUUGUAAAGCUACUAAAAAACCAUGAUGAGGAGUCCCUGGAGUGCCUGUGCAGACUAUUAUCCACUAUUGGAAAGGAUCUAGACUUUGAAAAGGCCAAGCAUUUCAUGGACCAGUAUUUCAAUCAGAUGGAGAAAGUAAUAAAGGAAAAGAAGACCAGCUCCAGGAUCCGCUUUAUGUUGCAAGAUGUGAUGGACCUUCGACGGAAUAAUUGGAUGUCCAGACGACGCGACCAAGGCCCAAAGACGAUUGACCAGAUCCACAAAGAAGCUGAGCUGGAGGAGCACAGAGAGCAGAUGAAAGUGCAGCAUGCCCUCAUCUCCAAGAAAGAAUCUUUUGGCGGUCCGGGAACCAGGAUGGGUGGAGCAGGAUCAGGGACUCGUGGGGGACCUCACGCAUCUAGUCGUGGUGUUUCCCCACAAGAUGAUGGCUGGAACACAGUUCCCAUAUCCAAGAACCGAACUUAUGAUGCAAAAUUCAAAUUCCCAAAGACACCUGCUUUUGAUAUCCACACUCAGUGUCUUGCUCCAGGAGGCAAAGGUGCUUUGAGCUGGGGUAGGGGCAGCAGCGGUGGUAGUGUCAACAAGCUUACAGAUUCUGGCCCAGAAUCUGGCUGCCGUACAGCUACCAACACUCUAAACAGGUUUUCACCUCUACAACAGGCCUUGUCAGGAUCUUCAGCAGAGUCAGACAGGCGGGUUCCUCAGCGAAACAGCUCAAGUCGAGAGCGAGGCGAGCGCUUUGACCAUUCUGUCCGCGCUGAUCGUGGAUUUGACCGCCGUGAUGACCGUGAUCGAAAUCGCCUACAUGUUACUGCUACACGCAGCUUCAGUCGGGAAAAGGAGGAGCGGAGUCGGGAGAGGGAGCAACGUGGAUCAGCAGAUCCAGUCCGCAAAGUUGCAAAUAUGGCAGAUGACAGGGAUCGGGGCAGCAAAGAGAGAGCUCUGAGCCGAGACAAUGUGAGGAGGGAAACAGCUGCAACUCCUCCACCUCUCCAAACUGCUACCAAGCCGGCCUUGACUGUGGAAGAGCUAACAAAAAAAUCCAAAGCCAUCAUCGAAGAAUACCUCCAUAUUCUUAAUAUCGAGGAGGCCCUGCAAUGUGUGCAGGAGAUAAACUGCCCUCAGGUAUUGUCUGUGUUUGUACAAUUUGGGCUGGAGUCGACACUGGAGCGCAGGACCGAGGCCAGAGAGAACCUCGGGCGGCUGCUGCACCAGCUCAUUAAGACAAGCAUCCUCCCAACAGAACAGUACUAUAAAGGGCUUCAUGAAAUCCUGGAGAUAGCUGAAGAAAUGGCGAUAGACAUCCCGCACAUCUGGCUCUACCUGUCGGAACUGAUCACUCCCAUGCUCCAUGAGGGAGGCAUCCCCAUGGGACACCUUUUCAAGGAGAUUUCAAAGCCUUUGAUCCCUCUGGGCAAAGCAGGAGACCUGCUUGUCCGUAUCCUCAGUUUACUCUGCAAAGAGAUGAGCCAUAACAAGGUGGGCACAAUGUGGAGGGAGGCAGAACUCCAGUGGAAAGACUUCCUCCCUGAAGAUGUAGACGUCAACAAGUUUGUGACGGAAAAGAAUGUAGUGUUCACACUGGCUGAAGAUUCUGAAAAGAGCAAAACCAAGAAGAUGAGCUCUGCAGAGCUGACCAGACAGCUUGAGAGACUGAUCCAGGACAAGGCUGAUAACAAAAGACUCAUUGACUGGAUUCAGGCCAACCUGGAUGAGCAGCAGAUAACCUCCAACAUGUUUGUCAGAGUACUGAUGACCUGUGUCUGCCAAUCAGCAAUCAUCUGUGAGAAUCCCUACAAGGUGAAUGAGGAGAUGAUCAAUCACAGGGCCAAGUUGCUGCAGAAAUUCCUCAAGGAUGAGCAGAAGGAGUUACAAGCUCUCUACGCCUUACAGGCUCUGAUGGUGCACAUGGAGCAGCCAGCCAAUCUGCUGCGAAUGUUCUUUGACACUCUUUACGAUGAGGACGUAAUCAAAGAUGACGCCUUCUUCAAGUGGGAAUCGUGCAAGGACCCCGCUGAGCAGCAGGGCAAGGGCGUGGCUCUCAAGUCGGUCACCGGCUUCUUCACAUGGUUGCGCCAGGCCGACGAAUCUGACAACAGUUAGGGUCUCUGAGGUCUGACAGUUAAACUGGUGGGAUUUUUUAUUGAGGUCCUCCGGGAGAAGGGACGUUAGUUAGGAGGAGGAUUCAGAUGAGCCUGAAUCGACAAAAUCCUUCUGCUGAAACAGAAAAAAAGCAAUAAAACAAUCUUCAAUUGGAGAGAUUGUAUUAUCGAUCGAGCGUUCGAUCAUGCCAUUUUCUUUUUUUUUUUUAUGCUGUGCAAUUGAAUGUCCUAAUUCUAAUGAAUUUAUGUGGCGAGAAUACAGAUAUAGUAGUGCCUCGAGAUACGAGUGACCCGACUUACCAGUUUUUUUUUUUUAGAUACGAGCCGUCGAUUGGCUGAGUUUUUGCUUUGACCUGCGAGCCCAAACUUGAGAAACGAGUGCUGUGUGGCAGGAGGCUCCACUAACUUGACAACAAGCAGCAUUUUAGCUGAUAGAAAUUUAGUAAAUAUUCUUUAAAACAGAGGCUUCAAGCUGUACAUUGCCACUACCAGUUGAAGUUUACUUGAAAGCUAACUAAACAAAGAGAAUGACACUGAGAGAGACACAGGGUGGGGGUCAAGCGAGUGUGGGAGAGAGAGAGAGAGAGAGAAAGAUGGCUCAUUUAAAGUAUUAUUUUUGAGAUGGGUGUUUUGAGAUAAGAGCAUGGCCACGGAACAAAUUAAACUCGUAUCUCAAGGCACCACUGUAGUGAAACGGUGGCGAAGCGGGGGCUACAUAGCAUUUCACAUCAGUAUUUUUAAGACCGUUUGCUUUGAAGUUUGAAUCUUAUUUUGAAACCGCUUUCCCUCAUCUUAGCAACACUAUGCUGUUAAAUAUAUAAACAUGUAAGAGGCUAUAUAUUUUUGAUGACUUCAUCCUUUGUGCAACAGUGACAUGUUGCAUUUGGUUGAUCUACAUGCCUAUGUAGAUACUUGGCUUUUUGAUUUUUUGAUAUUGAAUGAUUGGAGUGUGUGUGUGUUUUUUUUUUUAUAUAUAUAUAUAAUAAAAGGAUAAAUAUAGAUGAAGAUGGACAUUUGAGACAUGAGUCAUACCAGUUGUGGACUUCUGAAGACUAAACGCAGACUUCACAAAGACAGCGUCACUGAGGAGAGUCACUAUGACAAUUUGACAUUGACAAUUUUGCUGCUGGGGGCAAUGAUCAGUUGCCACCCCACUUAACUUACACCCUCUGCUGGAUCUGUGUUACUUUUUCCUGAACCUGAAGAGAGCAAGAAUGAGGACGUGGCCAAGCCUAGCUACCAUGCUUGGAUUUUAAUAUGAUACUGUUUUUGAAACUUGAAAAGUUACAUAUUUGAAACUCCACGUUAUGAAAAUAUAUAUAUAUUUUUUUUUAAUAUUCAACGAGACAAAUCCGUAGGCCUUUUUGCUUCCAUGAGUAGAAACUGCUUUCAGGAAUGUUCUGUAUAUACAUCAUAGUUUUUUUUUGUCCUGUCCCCCCCAGAGAAUGCAAAUAUAUUUUUCCUUUCUUUAAAAACAAAGGGGAAGUUUACCUCUCUAUUUAUUUCUCUCCUCAGCUGGCCGAAGGUGCUUGUAAUUAUCAGAUCCAAGUAUAGUAAUUGAUUGCAGUUUAGCUAAUUGUGUAAAUAGUUGUUUUUGCUUCAUUAAAAAUAUAUUUAAUUAAAGAAAAUUCUGCCUCUUUUCACAUCAAAAACUGGAAGGACUAAUAAAGAUUGU